AGUAACUGUCAAUAGUUUGAAGAAGUGCUGAGCCGCGUGUGCGCGUUAGAAUAUUAGUCAGCAUUUAUUACCGCCAUAACGGCAGUUGCGUUCUGUGAUCGAGUGUUAAAGGGUGAAGUUUGUGUUAGAUAUUAAGCAAGACAAGAUGACAAGCCUGGUGGUGUCAUUUUCGACCCGGUAUGAAAACAUCACGAAGGGAGCAGAUCCCAUCAUCGACGACUGGUUCUUGAUGAGCUCCCCGCUUCCCGUGCUAUCGAUCGCAGCCUGUUAUCUCCUCUUCGUGCUCCAGUACGGCCCCCGAUGGAUGGAAAAUCGUAAGCCCUUCGUGCUGAAACACACUCUCAUCGUGUACAAUGCGGCCCAGGUUCUCUUUUCGACGAUGCUCUGCGUGCAGCCGUUCUUCAUCGGAGGUAUCAAUCGGGCGCUGUACGUCACCUGCAAUGCUAACGCAUCCGUGGACCGUGAUCUUCAGCUGACGAUUUGGAAUGGAACCUGGUGGUAUAUGGUGCUGAAACAUGUCGAGCUACUGGAUACGGUGUUCUUUGUGCUACGCAAGAAGCAGAACCAGGUGUCAUUCUUGCACGUCUACCACCACACCAUUAUGGCCGUGUUCACCUGGGGCUAUCUGAAGUAUUUGCCAGGCGUCCAAGGAGCUUUUCUCGGAAUCCUGAACUCGUUCGUGCACAUUAUCAUGUACACGUACUACCUGAUAGCGGCCAUGGGACCGCAGUAUCACAAGUACCUCUGGUGGAAGAAGUACAUGACGACGAUUCAGUUGACGCAGUUUGGCAUCAUGCUCGUCUACCUGUUUCUCAUCAUCAGCCUCCAGUGCAGCGUGCCCCGAUCGCUGACCUUCUUCUUCGUGAUCAACGUUACGAUAUUCCUGUUCCUGUUUUGGAACUUUUAUCGAAAGGCCUACACCAAGGAGGAACGGGGCCAGAAGGACGAGAAGAAGCUGCAGUGAGGUUGAGAAAUAAAUUUCUGUUGUUGUUA